AUGACAAGAGCCAACCUUGGCAAAUUGCAUCCUUUUAAUCCUGAGAUUGAUAGGACAUUUUGUCAUUUAAGUAAAACACAUAAAAGGCUUUCCUUCAUCGAGGUUCAAAUUGAUAGCAGUGUAGGUUCUACUAGUAGUGUUAAUCAUUAUGUUUUUGUGCAUUUUGAAUCUUUGCAUUCUGAUUUCGAGCGUAUUACUACUAAUAUGGCUAAUAGAACCUUGAAGGAACUUGCAGCACCUGAUCUGAGAGCCUUUCCUUUUUCACUGGAUGGUUCUGCCAAAGAUUGGCUAUACUACCUACAUCCAGGCUCUAUCACCUGCUGGCUAGACAUGAAAAGGCAAUUCCUAGAGAAAUUCUUCCCUGCUUCAAGAGUUGCUGCCAUAAGAAAAGACAUUAGUGGCAUAAGACAAAUCAAUGGUGAGACAUUACAUGAGUAUUGGGAAAGAUUCAAGAAGCUGUGUGCUAGUUGUCCACAUCACCAGAUAAGUGACCAGCUUCUAAUCCAGUAUUUUUACGAAGGACUUUUUCUGAUAGACAGAAGCAUGAUUGAUGCUGCUUCUUGUGGUGCAUUAGUAGACAAAACACCUGUUGCAGCCAGAGAUUUGAUUGCUAAUAUGGCUGCUAAUGCACAACAAUUUGGUACACGAGCUAUGUUUUUAGUUAGAGGAGUAAAUGAAGUGCAAACUUCUGAUGCCAACCAGCAAAGGAUGGAGAACCGAAUUGAAGAGUUGACAUCAUUGGUUAGGCAAAUGGCUCUUGGUCAGCAGCGGCCCCAGCAAACCAUGCCACUAGCAACCAUUAUUUGUGGCAUUUGCUCUCUCCCCAACCAUCCAACAGAUCAGUGUUCAGAAUUGAGAGAGACUACUAAUGAGACAGUUGUUGGAAUUUUUCCUGGUAAACCCUUUCUCCAACACAUACAAUCCUGGUUGGAGAGAUCAUCUAAACUUAAGGUAUGGUCCAAGUCCAGGGCAAUUCCCUCAACAAAACAGCAGUGCAGACCCAAGCCUAACAAAUUGGUAAAGCAGAUGGCAAAUAACAGUGUUCAGUUCCAGCAUAGAAUAGAAGUCAGUAUCCAAAAUUUGCAAACGCAAAUUGGCCAGUUAGCCACAACUAUGAAUGAACUUAAAUCACAGGGAUCUGGAAAUCUUCCCUCCCAAACCGUGGCCAAUCCAAAGAAUGUGAGUGCUAUCACCCUAAGAAGUGGCAAGGAGCUGCAAGUACCAAACCAGGCAGAAGGUUCAGAUUCUGCAAGUGGUGAAGAUAAAAAUGAUGCUGCUAACGAAUCAGAUUCUGCAGAACUAGCCAAAAAGAGCAGCAGCAGGGAAGCAGAACCAAGUAUUCCAGUGCCUUUUCCAAAUAGAGUGACACAGAAUAAGACGCUGGCAGAGGCAGAAUUGAACAAGGAGAUCAUGGAGACUUUUAGGAAGGUAGAAAUUAAUAUCCCACUCCUAGAAGUGGUCAAGCAGAUCGCAAAAUACGCCAAAGAAGAAGGCUGA